AUGUACGAUACAUUCAAAGAGGCCUGUUAUGCGCUAAGGUUACUGCAGGAUGAUAGGGAAUUUAUUGAUGCACUUAAUGAAGCCAGUGCAUGGGCAUCACCGAAUUAUAUCAGGAGGUUGUUUGCAAUGCUUUUGAUGUCGAACAACAUUGUGCGUCCUGACAUGGUGUGGGAGAAAUGUUUCCAGCGUUCUGUUCAUGAGAUUAAGUCCAUCACGCUUGCCGAAAUUGAAAAACUCUUGCAGCCGAAUGGAAGGAGCCUGAAAGAAUUUACUGACAUGCCGUUUCCUGAUUAUGCUGGUUUACCUGAACCCUCCGACACAAUCUUUUUUGAUGAGCUCAAUUUCGACAGGACAGAAUUGGCAGGUAUCUCUGUGGAUUUGGUUUCCCGGUUGAAUCGAGACCAUCGCAUUGCGUUCGACACAAUAGCAAAUGCAGUUCGUCGUGACGUUGGUGGUUUUUUCUUUGUCUGUGGAUAUGGUGGAACUGGUAAGACCUUUCUAUGGAAUGCACUGUCUGCUUCAAUAAGGUCGAAGGGUGAUAUUGUCCUCAACGUUGCAUCCAGUGGCAUUGCGGCUCUGUUGUUGCCUAAUGGGCGAACUGCUUAUUCACGCUUUAAGAUUUCGCUCAGUGUUAACCAGGACUCUAUUUGUAAUAUAAGGCAAGGCACACCCCUCGCACGUCUUAUUUCAUCUGUAAAAUUAGUUAUAUGGGAUGAGGCACCUAUGUUAAAUAAAUUUUGCUUCGAAGUGCUCGACAAAUGCCUUAAGGAUGUUCUUCGUUUUGAUCGUGGAUAUAAUCCUCAUGCUCCAUUUGGUGGGAAAAUUGUUGUUCUGGGAGGUGAUUUCCGUCAGAUAUUGCCUGUGAUUCCUCGUGGUUCCCGGGAAGAGAUCGAAUUUGCUACAUGGUUGCUUCAAGUUGGUGAUGGGUUAAUCGGAGACAAUAUCGAUGACGAAUCAGUAAUUAGAAUACCCGACAAUUUGCUGCUGAAUAUUGAGUCUCCAUGUCUGCAUGAUUUGAUGUUGUUCGUUUAUCCUGACAUCUUACUCUAUUCUUCUAGCGUGGAUUAUUUUAAGGGUAGGAGUAUAUUAGCACCAACACUUGAUGUUGUAACUGAAGUAAACAAUCAUGUGAUGUCUUUGAUCCCUGGCAAUGAGAGGGUUUACUUGAGCUCUGUUACACUAAUUAACGAAUAUGGUCACCUAGAAUCUGAAUUAUACACAAUGAGCACCGAGUCAUUGAAAGCGCUAAAUUGUUCAGGAAUUCCCCAACACCGGUUAGUUUUUAAAAUUGGUGUUCCUGUGAUGCUUCUUCGCAAUAUUGACCAAUCUAAUGGACUAUGCAAUGGUACGGGCAUGCAGGUUAAACGUCUUGGUGACCACAUCAUUGAGUGUGUCAUCUUAGCAGGUCGUAAUACUGGUGAAGUUAUCUUUAUUCCCAGGAUGAACAUGUCACCUAAUAAUGAUACAUUACCAAUCAGGUUUACUCAACGCCAAUUUCUGGUUGCUCUUUGCUUUACGAUGACCAUAAACAAGUCCCAAGGUCAAACGCUGUCAACAGUUGGCGUCUAUCUUUCGAGGCCUGUUUUUACUCAUGGUCAGCUUUAUGUUGCGCUUUCUCGGGUCAGCAUUCAUUCUGGACUGAAGAUUUUAUCUGUUGAUUCUAACGGCAAAGUUUCAGAUCAUACUAUUAAUGUUGUCUAUAGAGAAGUUUUUACUGGGUUGCUACCUAACAUUCUCCCUUGA